GGCUGGAGUUCGUGUGGUGCGCCGGGCGAGGCGGCCGGACUAAGCUAGCGGGGCUGGUGUAGGGCACGGGGUGGGGGGGCGCAUCCACGUGGCCGAGACAUCCACCCCAAGUCAGCGGCGGCCGAGGGACAGGCCUGUCCCCCGUGCAGCUGCCGGCCAUGCCCACUGUCUGCCUCCUUCGGCUGCUAUUCCUCACCAUAGGGGGGUGCCUGGGUAGCAGCAGGCCCUUCCGUAGCUUUGUGGUGACAGAUACCACGCUCACCCACCUGGCUGUACACCGAGUGACCGGGGAGGUGUUUGUGGGUGCAGUGAACCGAGUCUUCAAGCUUGCUCCCAACCUGACCGAGCUGCGGGCUCAUGUCACAGGGCCCGUUGAGGACAACGCUCACUGCUACCCACCUCCUAGCAUGCGUGUGUGUGCUCACCGCCUCGUACCUGUGGACAACGUGAACAAACUGCUCCUCAUAGACUAUGCAGCCCGUCGCCUGGUGGCCUGUGGCAGCAUCUGGCAGGGCAUCUGCCAGUUCCUGCGACUGGAUGACCUCUUCAAGUUGGGUGAACCCCACCACCGUAAAGAGCACUACCUAUCAGGUGCCCAGGAGCCUGACUCCAUGGCUGGCGUCAUUGUCGAGCAGAGCCAGGGGCCCAGCAAGCUGUUUGUAGGCACUGCUGUCGAUGGCAAGUCAGAGUACUUUCCCACCUUGAGCUCCCGCAAGCUCAUCGAUGAUGAGGACAGUGCGGACAUGUUCAGUCUGGUAUACCAGGAUGAGUUUGUCUCUUCUCAGAUCAAGAUCCCCUCAGACACUCUGUCCCUAUACCCUGCCUUUGACAUCUACUACAUAUAUGGCUUUGUCAGUGCCUCCUUCGUGUACUUCCUGACGCUUCAGCUGGACACCCAGCAGACACUGCUAGAUACAGCAGGCGAGAAAUUCUUCACAUCCAAGAUUGUGCGCAUGUGUGCGGGCGACUCAGAGUUCUACUCAUAUGUAGAGUUCCCCAUUGGCUGCUCCUGGCGUGGUGUAGAGUACCGCUUAGUACAGAGUGCCCAUCUGGCCAAGCCUGGCCUGCUGCUGGCCCAGGCCCUGGGUGUACCUGCCGAUGAGGACGUCCUCUUCACCAUCUUCUCUCAGGGCCAGAAGAACCGGGCCAGCCCACCUCGGCAGACCAUCCUCUGCCUCUUUACCCUCAGCAACAUCAAUGCCCACAUCCGGCGCCGCAUCCAGUCCUGCUACCGCGGGGAGGGCACGCUGGCCCUGCCCUGGCUGCUGAACAAGGAGCUGCCGUGCAUCAACACCCCCAUGCAGAUCAAUGGAAACUUCUGUGGGUUGGUGCUGAACCAGCCACUGGGUGGCCUGCAUGUGAUUGAGGGGUUGCCCCUGCUGGCUGACAGCACCGAUGGCAUGGCCAGUGUGGCUGCCUAUACCUACCACCAGCACUCCGUGGUCUUCAUCGGUACCCGCAGCGGCAAUCUGAAGAAGGUGCGGGUCGAUGGCUCCCAGGAUGCCCAGCUGUAUGAGACAGUCUCUGUGGUGGAGGGCAGCACCGUCCUCCGUGAUCUGCUCUUUAGCCCUGACCACCGGCACAUCUACCUCCUCAGUGAGAAGCAGGUGAGCCAGCUCCCGGUGGAGACAUGUGAGCAGUAUCUGAGUUGCGCGGCCUGCCUGGGCUCAGGGGACCCACACUGUGGUUGGUGUGUGCUGCAGCACAGGUGCUGCCGUGAAGGGGCCUGUCCAGGUGCCUCUGUCCCACAUGGCUUUGCAGAAGAGCUGAGCAAGUGUGUACAGGUGCGGGUCCGGCCCAAUAAUGUGUCAGUGACUUCACCUGAGGUACAGCUGACCGUAGCCAUGCGCAACGUACCAGACCUCAGUGCGGGUGUGAGCUGUGCCUUUGAGGAGGUGACAGAAAGCGAGGCUGUACUGCUGCCCUCCGGCGAGCUACGCUGCCCCUCACCCUCCCUCCAGGAGCUCCAGGCUCUUACCAGGGGCCAUGGGGCUACCCGCAUUGUACGUCUGCGGCUGCUCUCCAAGGAGACUGGUGUGAGGUUUGCUGGGGCAGACUUUGUCCUCUACAACUGCAGUGCCCUGCAGUCUGUGUCUUGUGGGAAGGUGGUGCAGAGUGGCGUGGCCUUCCCUGUUAUUUCUGAAGCCACUUCCCCCAACUGCAGGUGCAUGUCCUGCGUUGGCAGCCCUUAUCCCUGCCACUGGUGUAAGUACCGCCAUGUGUGUACCAGCCACCCACACGAGUGCUCCUUCCAGGAGGGCAGGGUCCACAGCCCCGAGGGCUGCCCUGAGAUCCUGCCUCGAGGAGACCUCCUGAUCCCCGUGGGUGUCAUGCAGCCACUCACCCUGAGGGCUAAGAACUUGCCACAGCCUCAGUCAGGCCAGAAGAACUAUGAAUGUGUAGUCCGGGUGCAGGGGCGACAGCAGCGAGUGCCUGCUGUGCGUUUCAACAGCAGCAGUGUGCAGUGCCAGAACGCCUCGUACUCCUAUGAAGGUGAUGAGUUUGGUGACACCGAACUGGACUUCUCUGUGGUCUGGGAUGGAGAUUUCCCAAUUGAUAAGCCUUCCAGCUUCCGAGCCCUCCUAUAUAAGUGUUGGGCCCAGCGGCCCAGCUGUGGCCUCUGCCUCAAGGCUGAUCCCCGCUUCAACUGUGGUUGGUGCAUCUCAGAGCACAGGUGCCAGCUGCGGGCCCAUUGCCCAGCCCCCAAGAGCAACUGGAUGCACCCAAGCCAGAAGGGUGCCCGAUGCAGCCAUCCCCGCAUCACCCAGCUCCACCCACUCAUGGGGCCCAAGGAGGGAGGCACCCGGGUCACCAUUGUGGGUGAGAAUCUGGGACUCACACCGCGCGAGGUGGGCCUGCGAGUAGCUGGUGUGCGUUGCAACUCCAUCCCCACGGAGUAUGUCAGUGCUGAGAGGAUCGUAUGUGAGAUGGAGGAGUCGCUGGUACCCAGCCCACCACCAGGGCCCGCUGAGCUCUGUGUAGGUGACUGUUCUGCUGACUUCCGCACACAGUCCCAGCAGCUGUACAGCUUUGUGACCCCAACAUUUGACCGUGUGAGUCCCACUCGGGGCCCAGCUUCUGGAGGCACUCGGCUCACCAUCUCUGGAACCUCUCUGGAUGCCGGCAGCAGAGUGACAGUGACCGUGAGAGAUGGGGAGUGUCAGUUUGUGAGGAGAGAUGCAGAAGCCAUCGUGUGUAUCUCACCUGUCUCCACCCUGGGCCCCAGCCAGGCCUCCAUCACCCUUGCCAUCGACCAUGCCAACAUCUCUAGUCCUGGAGUCAUCUAUACCUACACUCAGGACCCCACUGUCACUCACCUCGAGCCUACCUGGAGCAUUAUCAACGGAAGCACUGCCAUUACUGUGAGUGGUACUCACUUGCUGACAGUCCAGGAGCCCCGAGUACGAGCCAAAUAUCGUGGUAUUGAGACCACCAAUACAUGCCAGGUGAUCAAUGACACUUCAAUGCUGUGUAAGGCCCCUGGCAUCUUCCUUGGGCGGCCUCAGCCUCGGGCCCAAGGAGAGCACCCUGAUGAGUUUGGUUUCCUGCUGGACCAUGUGCAGACAGCCCGCUCUCUCAAUCGUUCCUCUUUUACCUACUACCCUGACCCCAGCUUUGAGCCCCUUGGGCCCUCUGGUGUGCUGGAUGUCAAACCAGGCUCACAUGUUGUGCUGAAGGGAAAAAACCUGAUCCCGGCUGCAGCUGGUAGCUCACGUCUCAACUACACGGUGCUGAUUGGAGGCCAGCCAUGUGCACUCACGGUCUCAGACACACAACUCCUGUGUGACUCCCCCAGCCAGACGGGCAGACAGCCUGUCAUGGUGCUGGUGGGCGGCCUGGAGUUCUGGUUGGGGACCCUGCACAUCACAGCUGAUCGGGCACUGACCCUGCCAGCCAUGGUGGGGCUGGUGGUAGGGGGUGGCCUCUUGCUGCUGGCCAUCACCGCUGUGCUGGUCGCCUACAAGCGCAAAACUCAGGAUGCAGACCGCACACUCAAGCGGCUCCAGCUGCAGAUGGACAACCUCGAGUCCCGUGUGGCCUUGGAGUGCAAGGAAGCUUUUGCAGAGCUGCAGACCGACAUCAACGAGCUGACGAACCACAUGGAUGGUGUGCAGAUCCCUUUCCUGGACUACCGGACCUAUGCCGUGCGGGUGCUCUUCCCCGGCAUUGAGUCCCACCCCGUGCUCAAGGAGCUAGACACUCCGCCCAAUGUGGAGAAGGCCCUGCGUCUGUUUGGGCAGCUGCUGCACAGCCGCUCCUUCGUGCUAACCUUCAUCCACACUCUGGAGGCACAGAGCAGCUUCUCCAUGCGUGACCGGGGCACUGUGGCCUCACUCACCAUGGUGGCCCUGCAGAGCCGGCUCGACUAUGCCACUGGGCUGCUCAAGCAACUGUUGGCAGACCUCAUAGAGAAAAACCUUGAGAGUAAGAACCACCCAAAGCUGCUAUUGCGAAGGACGGAGUCAGUGGCCGAGAAAAUGCUCACCAACUGGUUCACGUUCCUGCUGCAUAAGUUUCUGAAGGAGUGUGCUGGGGAGCCGCUUUUCCUGCUAUACUGUGCCAUCAAGCAGCAGAUGGAGAAGGGUCCCAUCGAUGCCAUCACAGGCGAGGCCCGUUACUCCCUGAGUGAGGACAAGCUCAUCCGGCAGCAGAUUGACUACAAGACCCUGACCCUGCACUGUGUGUGUCCGGAGAGCGAGGGGAGUGCCCAGGUGCCGGUGAAGGUCCUCAACUGUGACAGCAUCACCCAGGCCAAAGACAAGCUGCUUGAUACUGUGUAUAAGGGUAUCCCAUACUCCCAGCGCCCCAAAGCUGAAGACAUGGACUUGGAGUGGCGCCAGGGCCGCAUGGCCCGCAUCAUUCUUCAGGAUGAGGACAUCACUACAAAGAUCGAGUGUGACUGGAAGAGGGUCAACUCAUUGGCCCACUACCAGGUGACAGAUGGCUCAUUAGUAGCACUGGUGCCCAAACAAGUGUCUGCCUAUAACAUGGCCAACUCCUUCACCUUCACCCGCUCCCUCAGCCGCUAUGAGAGCUUGCUCCGUGCGGCCAGCAGCCCAGAUAGCCUCCGUUCCCGGGCACCCAUGCUCACACCUGACCAGGAGGCAGGCACCAAGCUGUGGCACCUGGUGAAGAACCACGACCAUGCUGAUCACCGAGAGGGGGACCGUGGUAGCAAGAUGGUUUCUGAGAUCUACCUGACACGGCUCCUGGCCACCAAGGGCACAUUGCAGAAGUUUGUGGAUGACCUCUUUGAGACCGUGUUCAGCACGGCCCACCGGGGCUCAGCCCUGCCCCUGGCCAUCAAGUACAUGUUUGACUUCCUGGAUGAGCAGGCUGACCAGCGCCAGAUCAGUGACCCUGAUGUGCGCCACACCUGGAAGAGCAACUGCCUGCCCCUGCGCUUCUGGGUGAACGUGAUCAAGAACCCGCAGUUUGUGUUCGACAUCCACAAGAACAGCAUCACGGAUGCUUGCCUGUCGGUGGUGGCCCAGACCUUCAUGGACUCCUGCUCCACGUCAGAGCACCGCCUGGGCAAGGACUCACCCUCCAACAAGCUGCUCUACGCUAAGGACAUCCCCAACUACAAAAGCUGGGUGGAGAGGUACUACCGAGACAUUGCUAAAAUGGCAUCCAUCAGUGACCAGGACAUGGAUGCCUACCUGGUGGAGCAGUCCCGCCUCCAUGCCAGUGACUUCAAUGUCCUAAGUGCACUCAGCGAGCUCUACUUCUAUGUCACCAAGUACCGCCAGGAGAUCCUCACCUCACUGGACCGAGAUGCCUCUUGUCGGCAGCACAAGCUGCGCCAGAAGUUGGAGCAGAUCAUCAGCCUGGUGUCGAGCAGCAGCUGAUUGGGGUGGAGUCUGUGAGGAGGGGACUCCUCUGGUCUGAGCUCUCCUCCCAUCCAGGAUGAGCCCCGGAUCGGGUGUCAUGGGGAGGACACCAGACCAAGAUGCCCCCAGCACACCUGGGCCCUCUUCAUUAGUGCCUUGCUUUGGGCCCUGCAGGAGGAGGGGGUGACAGGACCAACCCCCCCCCACCAGCAGCAGCAAUACCCCCACCCUCCUGCCCUUGUGCCCCUGUGUUGGGAGAGCCCCUGCCCUCCUUACUGUGUGUACCCCACCCACCUAUUUAUUAACUUAACUCCACCUUGUUCUCCAUCUGUAAAUAUGCGUGCUCCAUGGGAUAUUGCCAGCCUCAUGGACUUUCCUCCUCUUGAGUUGAUCUGGGCCCUGCCACUUGCCCUGGCUCCUUUGUACCAUUGCCAGCCAUGGACAGGAUCUGCCACCUCACUUUUGCUCUGGCAGGUCCCAUCUAUAUCAAGAAGGGAGCCUCAGUACCAGGAGCAUUUGGGAUAGGACGAUGUUUCUGAAGCUGCCAUCAAACUGGCUGAGCCAGGCCAGGCCAAGCCAGUGUCCCCCUGCAGACCUCAUUCCUAAGGGGGUCUGUUGUCUCUGAGUACCCAGAGAACAAUUAACCAGGCUGUGCUGGGGGCCAGACCUGGGCCUGGGGCUCUGGAAUGCCCCUUUUCCUGGCCCUACUGCCAAACUUCCUCAGUGUUGUCGGCACUUGCCCUGGACCCCCUCAGCCUCAGCUGCCCUGUUGUGUACCCACCCCAAGGGGCUGAGGUGGCAGUGCCUUACUGUUUUGUGUCUUCUGCCUCCUCUGAGGAAUCUGGCCCCGUAUCACAGUCCCAGAACCCCAAUUUUCUCCUCUUUUGUUGCAUGAAUUUUUCUUUGUGUAAUGUUUUUUGGUUUUUUUCCUAAUUAAAUGUUGGGAAACGGG